AUGGAAGAUCAACCUGAAACUAGCGAUCAAUUUAUAAGUAAAGACCAGUUUGCGUCUGAAGACUAUGAUGAUCUUAAUGCAAUAUUUGAAUCGCAGGAUAUAUCAGGAGAAUUAUAUCAAUAUAUUGAGAAUGAUUCGUAUGAAAAUAGUUGUGAGAAAGAAUUGUAUAGUGAUUGGUAUGAAGAUAGUUGUGAGGAAGAAUCGUAUAAUGAUCGGUAUGAAGAUAGUUGUGAGGAAGAAUCGCAUGAUCAGUAUGAAAAUAGUUAUGAGGAUAAUGAGACGGAUGAUAGUAUUUUAAAGGAAAUUUAUAGCGGGCAAACAUUUGGAACAUUUGAAUUACUUGAAAAAUGUUUGAAACGAUUUGCCAAUCAAAAGGGUUUCGAAAUAAGAACUGUAAGAGCCGAAAAAGAUAAUGGUAAAUGGGCACGAAAGACAUAUAAAUGUCAUCAUGGUAAAAAAUAUAUACCUAAAAAAAAAAUUGAUCCUACACAAACCCGAGACAGAGAAUCAAUUUGUAUUGAUUGUGAUUUUAUGUUACAAAAUCAAGACUCUCUUCAAGAAUUUUCACCAUCACUACGUAAAAUACCUGAUCAUAUAAUGAAUGAAAUACAAUUUUACGUUCAAGAAUGUCAGCUUGGAGCAACAGUUUUAAAAAAAAUAUUGAGAAAUAAAUACCCAACUCAAGCUAUUUAUCGUCAAGAUCUUUACAAUGCAAUACAGAAAUUUAAAGCUAAUGCACAAGUUAAAAAUGAUGCUGCAACACUUCUUGAACAUUUGAUUCAAUUAUACUCUGAAGAUCCUGAAUCUUAUUUCAAGGUUGACUUUGAAAAUGAAGCCAAGUAUUCUAGGUGGCAAGAAUUUCGAAAUAUGAACCCUACUACUGGAGUUCCUCGGGUUUCUAAUACGAUUUUUAAAUCUAUAGAUGAAAUAUUUGAAAAAUAUCUUACACCGAAUUCAUUAGCAGUGCAACGUAGACAAAUAGUAGAAAGCUUAUUAUAUAGAGUUGAAAUAAAAGAACUUGAUGAUAUUAUUUUACAAGGAUUAGAUCAGUAUAACAUAGGGUUUCUUGAAGAUGAUUAUGAAGAACCGCAAAUUUUAAUUAGCAUGGCUUUAGAGAAUUGUUCUGAGAAGAAUGAGCAAGAAGAAUCAAUUUGGUUGAUUCAAACAGAAGCAAAAUUGCAAACUGGUACUUUUCAAACUUUAAACAAUAUUCGUGGACAAGAGAUAUCUAAUAAAUAUUCUAUAAGUUCAAAUUCAAGAAAAGAUUUAUACGGCCAUGAAAGACUUUUACAACAGUUUAUUGAACAACAGUUUAAUGAAAAGCAAAAUACUUUUAAUUUACAAAAUGAUAAUUUAACAGAAUUACCUGAAAAUACAAAUAGCAUCUAUAAUAUUACAGAUCCACUUCAACAUAAAGGAAGAGGGCGACCUGCAAAUAAAAGAUAUUUGUCGGCUAUUGAAAAUCAGUCUUCAAAAGAAAAAAAGAAAAAUAAAAGACAAUGCUCUAUAUGCAAAUCUUGGUAUCAUGAUUCAAGAAAUUGUCCUGUAAAAGUUAGUCAACAUAAUAAGGAAAAUAAUUAA